AAUCUCAAAAACAUGGUGGCAACUCAGUAAAGUGGGUGAACUUUUUGAGUAAUCAUUAAAAAUUUUGAAGCUUAUUUAGCAAGAGUGUUUGAAACAAUUUGUAAACACCGUCAUAAUAAGCUUCAUACAUAACCGAGGAUGACGUCUGAGGAAACCCAUAUUUCUGAAGAACUGAAAGGAUGCUACGAGAAUCUUAUUGUAAUCGAUAUAGGUGCUAAUCUGACCAACAAGAAGUACGGCCGUGAUCUCGAUUCCGUUGUGCAGAGGGCUAAGGAUGCAGGAGUCCAAAAAAUCAUGGUUACGGGAACAUCAGUUAGGAACAGUAAAGAGGCUCUCAGGUUAACCCGACUGUACCCCAGCACUAUAUACUCGACUGCAGGCGUGCAUCCCCAUGACGCAAAGUCGAUGGCUGACGAGGAAAUGUGGGCGGAGCUUCUGGAGACGGCUUCGGCACCAGAGUGCGUCGCCGUCGGGGAAUGCGGCCUCAACUACACCAAGGACUUCUCUGAGCCACACGUCCAGAGAGAAGUCUUCAAACGUCAGGUCGAAAUGGCGUGCGACCUAAGGAAACCGCUAUUCGUCCACGAGAAGGAAGCUCAAGAAGAUCUUAUCAAGAUACUGGACGAGUUCGGCGCCAGGCUACCGCCGGUCGUGAUACACUCCUUCACCGGGACAGUCGAGCAAGGGAUCCGAUAUAUAGAAAAGGGCUAUUAUCUGGGUAUAACAGGGUACAUUUGUAAGGACAAGUCCGACGGCGGCAUCAGGAGGCUGCUGUCAGAGAGGAUUCUGCCACUGGACAAGCUUCUGGUCGAAACGGAUUCCCCCUUCAUGUACCCGAAUAUGAGGGCUUCAAAACUACCGUUGCACGUAAAGGAAUCUCUGACUGAGAGAUCAAUGAACUUCGUGAAUCGUUACUGCACGUUCCAACGCAACGAGCCGUGCGCCCUGCCCGCCGUGGUGGAACUGGUGGCUGGCUUCCUGGCCACCAGCCCUGCGGACGUGGCGCUGGCCACCGCCUUCAACGCCCUCAAGCUCUUCGGGCUGAGCCAGUGAACGUCAGGUACGUCGGCGUUGCCAGCUCAGGUAGCGGUGUUGCAAGAUUCAAAAAAUAUACAGAAAGGAUUUUUUUAAUUAGAUAAUUAAUUAGAUUGUGCAUCUGAGCUGGCUGUGUUAGAAUUGUGUAACACAUUAUCUACAGCAUGUCCAUUUGGGUUAUAAUUAAAAACAGCAAUAACCGAAAUAUAAAAUCAGUAGCUAUAUUUAUUUAGUCUUCUGAGGAUAUAUUUUAGGAGAACUCUUACAGUAGUUUAGCGCGUCCGUAUAGUGCGUUCAAAGCAGACACUAUAGACAGUGUCAUUUACAAUGUUAAAGAAGAGAUGUAAGCUAGAAUUAUAUAAUCAAUAGCGGAAAUAUUAGAAAUCAGAUUACCGAAUGAAUUUAUCGAGGAUCUGUUUUACACAAUUCUAACGUCGAGUGAACUUUUUAUACUAAAGAAUCGGAAUUCACGAGCUUUGAUUGGAUCAUCGUACAGGUUGUAUGUAGUGCCUUACUUGCAAUAAGAUUGUAUGGAAUAUAUCAGAACAAUAACGCGAAGAAAUUAUUUACCUAUUUACAAAAGUUAUUUUUUCUUUCUUCUUUUGAAGUAAAUGAAUGUUUUUGAAAAUAAACUUUGACGUCAUCCUUGAAAAUGUUUGAAAUCGAAAUUUGAAACGCAUCUCGAAAUGAAAUACUCAAAAUAAUCAUCGAAAACAAAAAAAAAUCGACCAUUUUGUGGAUAAAACUAAUUGUUACUAAUGGCGAAAUUUCGAGGCUAAGGGCGUGUUUAUACUUGACUGAUUUAAUUUUGCGAUUAUAUUCUUUAAGACUGUGAGAUUAAGUGUGGUUUAGCGGUGUAAGCGAUUAUCAUGUUUUGACGUUAGAUUCAAAUUCUGAAAUCGUAAAAUAAAAAUAGUUUCAAUCAUAAAGCACAGAUCGCGAAUAUCUAAAAAUGAUUUACGUUUUCCUGAAAGUUUUGUACUUGAUAGAAAUGUGCUUUUGCAUGUCAAAGGUUAGAUAGCGUGUUUUCUGUGUAUCGACAUUGUCAAUGUCACGGGUAAUGGUUGACUUAAGCCGCACACGCUCAACUGUCAAAGCUAAAGGCGGUGUUCCGAAAGCAUUACAAGCAUAGCAGCAUUGUCAUUAUCGAUGGGUUUUUUUUGAACACAAAAUAGUCUACGUUUUUGUCAGUCAAUAUAACGCGCCCUAUUUUUUAACUAACAUUUUAUUAUCUUGCCAAUGUGUAUUUUAGUUUUAAUGCCUCUCUAAAUAUGUUAUGCCGUUUGAUGGACUGAUUUAUAGAGACCGUGGAUAUCGGAAUUAUAUUAAAUGGUUUUUUUUUAAUAAUUAUUAUUAAAAAAUGUUUAAAACCAUGUAUUUUUACGUCACACGGAGCGUACUAAGAAUGCUCUCGAGUCCAAGAAUAUGCCAUUUAAUAAAUAAAUAAAUAAAAAACAGUAAUGUAAAGAAAACACUUGUUUUUAAAAUGCAUAAUGUUAUAAAAGUUAAUUUUUGUUAUUAAAUUUGUUCGUAUAACUGAUAUAAUUUAUCUUUUUGCCAUUUAAUUCGCAUGCCGAUUAAGAAACGCCUAAAUGGUUCUAAGAAUUAUUGGUCGUUAUUAUUCAGAAGUUUGGAAAUCGUUUGAUAUUAGAGGCGAUUAUAGUGUUUUAUUGACGGUGAUUAGUGGCAUUUUCGAUUGCAUUUCUCAUGCGAAUUAUAGGGUAAUAUUUAAUAUUGAUAAUAUUAUGUCAGUUUGUAUGAAUAAUAUUUUAUUUUUAUUAUUAUUAAUUUUUUUUUGAAGCUUCGUUUUUUGUGUAAUUAUGCACACGUCUUUAUGAGCAGUAUGGUAGGAACAGACUUUUGAUCUCAGAAUUGACUAGAACAUUAUUUAUUAAAACUAACAAUAGUGUUUAAAAAAUCUUUUUUCGUUAUUAAAGUAAAACCCUAAACAUUUUAUUGUCCUAUGUAAAGGCCCAAAUGUUUUGUUUUUUUUAAAUGCAUAAUAGUGAAAAUAAUGGCAUAUCGUUUUUAAUUAUAGCAUAGAUUUUAUAUAAUAUAAAAUAAAAUUGUGACUUAAUGUACGAGCAAAAAAGUCAUUGGUAUAUUGAUUCAUUUGACAUUCAAAAUUGGAAGUGUGCAGCUUUAAAAUAAGCCCCUCAAACCCACGUGAGCUAAUCAUAAGACUGAGGUAAUCGAAUAACCCUUCCAGUAAUGAAGGGGGUGAAAAAAAUAAAACGCGUAGUAAAUUAUGUUCAAAAAUUUUUUUUGCGCAGUGUAUUACUUACUGUGCACAAUCCAAAAAUCAGCUGAUAUCCGGGGUCAAUGGCCGUCCAUGACUCGUGUUGGUACUUCAGUUUAUUAAUUGAAUAUUUUUCAUAUCGAUUUUUAUCAGCGUAAUCGACCUUAUUAGGUAUAUCAAAUCACAUACGCAAUAUUGAAUGUUAAAUGUAUUCUUAAAUUAAUUAUUUAGAUUGUUUAACACAGUUUGUUGUUACCAUAUUGUGAACGCACGGUGUUCGGUGUUGUAGAUGUAUUUUUUUUUUUUUGUCUCCGCGCGGAGAUUUUCCUAUUUCGAAUUGUUUAUUGUCUAUAAUCGAAUAUAUUGUAAAUAGAUUUAGGAUUAGUAAUUUAAAAAUGUCAUUGAAAUAUCAAAAAGAGAAUUGUGAUCGGAAAUAAUGUUGAUAGUCGAGUAUUUUGUAAUAGUUUUUUUUGUAUCAAUCACAAUUAUUUUUUUGUUAUUUUAAUCAAGCUUAGGGCUGGUUUACGGAGAGGGAAGUUUAUCGAAUGUGAACAUGCGAGAAUCGAAAUUGUCAUGACAUUUAAACCAUGGAUGAUUUUUGAUGAUCCAAAUUUUGACAAGUCUUUUUUAUAGUAUAGUUAAAAUCUGUUAAAAAUUAAGGAAGUUAAAGUACUUUAAUUUCACGCUAAACAGAGAACUGUAUAUUUUGUACAGUGACGUCAGCGUUCAAAACGAUGACAAACUAUGAAGCCUUCUCAAUCAAAUAACGUUUAAAUCUCAGAACUUGAUUGUUCUAUUUUGAUUAUUUCUGAGAAAAAAAAAAGUUUUAUAUUUAAUUGUAUUCGUCACAAGAGUACCUACAGUUUACAAUCAAUUAUCACGACGCGCUCUCUCAUAUUACAGUACAUUUUAUAUUAAAUAUGUAUACACUUGACGGUCGUAUUCAGGUGGUAAUUCUCGUUCCGUAAAUCAGUCUGUAGUUAUAAGUUUAUUUGUCGCUUGACUUUUGUUUUGCUUUCGAAUACUGAAACUUGAAUUCGUUUGACGAGUUGGAGAGUUAUUUCUACGCGUCUAUGAGUUUAAACUCGUGCCUCGUGGAA